AUGCAUCGAGCACCUUUUCAUUAUUUCACCGAUCUAACCGCCAAUAGCUGCGUACUUCCGGCGAUCGCUGAUAGCCUCCAUGAUGAUGUUACCGGAAGUACGUCACUAUGGGAACUGCGAGCCACACUGGCCGAGAAAGAAGUGACCACGUUGAAAGAACAACUGGCCACCACAAGCCCGACCCCUCUCCAGGCCACAGUCCCUAAAACCAAUGGCUCCCACAUAGAACCCACCAGGGAUCAAGCCACGGAGACGAGGAUCGACAGGUUCAGUCCUGACAUCAAAGAAGAGAAGCAAGACGUUGAUGACGACGUAGAACAGAAGAUGGAGAUGGCAGCCACUGGGAGAAGUAACAGCAACUCCUCCAGGAGUAGUCCCGUGGUCCACCAGCCAGGGAAUCUGGAGGUAGAGCUUGCUGCUAAAGAGAAAGAGUUUAUAAGGCAUUAG